AUGGCACAAUAUUCAAGACCGAGGCUACAGCAGAGCAUGAAAACACUGUCUCCUGUUGAAACGAUGGCUACGAAUGACCCUCUGCCACCAGGAUGGGAGAUCAAAAUUGACCCUCAGACCGGGUGGCCGUUCUUUGUGGAUCACAACAAUCGCAUAACAACGUGGAACGACCCAAGACAUGACUCUAAGAAGAUCAUUCAGCUUUCUCCCAGUGGACACUGUGCCCCUACAGAAUCAUCUCCUCUGGACAUGCACAAGACUUUUUUUCAGGAGAUGAAACAGCCAACUUUACGUCAAGGCUACAUCCCAAUUCCAGUAACCCAUGAAAAUGUUGAGCCAAGGCAGCAACAGUACCCGUUUUCCUAUAUGCAUCCAGCGCACCAGCAGAACUUAAGAGCAGAUGGGCGGACCCCGUCCCCAACUCCUGCACUACACAGUCGGCCAAGAUCUCCAGUGCAGUCCCCAUCAGAGGCGGAUCCUCACUGCUUGUCCUGCUCACCUGCUUCACCGGGACCUGAGGUUCACCAUGUUCACCAUCCAUCUCAGACGAUGCAGUCUCAUACCAAUGCUCUUUACCAACCUUCCAGACCCAGUAGUUCAGGCCUUCAGGCAGGCUACAUUCCUAUUCCUGUCAUUCAUGAGGGGGCAGGUGGAACUCCACAUACCCAGCUCAACCAGACCGUCCAUCCCAAGCGCUUCACCCAAACAGAGUAUCAGCCAUCUUUUCAUUGCCACCAACCAGAGGAGAGGAGCCGCGGCCCUGUGUUUUCCACGCGAGAAAAAAUUCCAACAUACCGCGAGCAAGUGCCCAUCCAACUUGAGCAGAAUCGCUCAACCAGUCCUAUUUUACUCCCUUCUACCAUAAGGGCUCAGGAGCCAGUCAGAGCACAGAUCAUGAGUGAAAGACCUCAGGCACAGCAGCAUGUUGCACAUACAGAGAUCCCUCCUAAAGUUGAACAGUCAAUUGAACAACCUGCUUCCCAGUCCAUUGAGAUUCCUAUUAAGAGAGUGAGUGAUGCACAGCAGCCUGUAGCACAUCCUGUAUCACCAACCACACAACAGCCUGUACAGGAACCUGAAAAGGUGCCUAUACAACAGCCCGCACAACAACCUGAGCAACUGCCACAAGAGAUGCCAGAGACGGCCAGUAUCUCCAUGCAGGUCCCUGUUGCAUCAGAACCCCAAGACAAAGCAUCACCACAAUCAGAAGGUUUACCUCCACAAGCUCAGCCAGAAGAGAAGGUGGAGACAUGCUCAAGUCACCCAGGACUGGGAAAGGUACAGCAAAUAUUGGAGCGGGUGGAGAAACUGGCGCAGGAGGUUAAGUGUUUUAAUGGGAAAAAGAAUGAUAAAAGAUAUCUGAUGCUGGAGGAGUUUUUGACCAAAGAAUUGCUGGCUCUGGACUCAGUAGACCCAGAGGGACGUACAGAUGUGCGCCAGGCCCGACGUGAUGGCGUUCGCAGAGUACAAACCAUUCUUGAGGAGCUAGAGAACAUUGGUGAGCAAUCAGAAGGACCAGUGAGUGAAAGCUACACUGAAACUACUAGCCCAGCCCAGAAAGGAGAGCCUAGCUUAAUUGGCCAGGCAGAUAUGGAGAAGGCCAAGGAAAUAUCAUGACUUUGAACCGAAGUUCUACUAUGAAAGGAACACACAUCACAUCUCCUCUGUCUCCUCAGCCUAUUAUUAUUUGCAUGCACAAUUAAUUUAACUGUUCCAUUGGCUGAAAAUUAAUACAAUUUGUUUACUGAGUGCAAUUAUGUGUGCUGUUAUGUGAUGCUGCUGUUGUGGAAUUUCACCGUGCAAGUGUCUUGUAGCAGGACCAUAGUGGUGACCUUGUAGUGACUAGGUUUCAAAAUGAAACCCAGUCUCAAAUAAGAGGCCUUUAUUAAAAUGCAAAUGCUUUAUUUUUGCUUCUACUUUUGGAAAUGUAGUUGUUUGCCUUUAUCGUUUCUAACCAUGCUGAGUGGCUGAUGAAAAGCUUUUGAAUAUUCCAGUAAGAAUACCCAUGUUUUAUUAGAGAGACACUGAUCUGAGUUCAGAGAUUUCUCUGAAUUAAUUUUAUAACAGUGAAUAAAUAGAAAAGAUUUUGUUGUAAAGAGGGUCACAGUUUCACAUGAAAACCAAACUCCUUCUAUAUGUAUUCUGUGCAUUUUGAGAACAUACAAACACUGAUCAGAGAAGUUUAUGCAUUAUGCAGUUUUACAUAUAAUAUUGUGAUCUUGACGUUUGUCAAUAUCGGUAUAAAUUGUUGAAUGAUAAAGAUGAUAAUGUUAUAUUUCUACUCUAUUUUUUGUGCCAAAAUGAACAUUUUUACAUUUUUCCAAUGGUAAAAAUGUCCUCCAUCUCCAUUGAAAUGUAUUCUCUUGAAAGUAAGAAAAUAUAUAUGUAUAAAUAAAACAUGACCUGAUAAAGAAUACAGACUAUCUCA